AAGGAAGUUAUCAUCAUAAUCUCAAUCAUCACAAUCCAGCAAUUAUAACCUAUCUCUCACACAAAACAUACCCACCAUGAGUCCCUCUCUUUCCAUAAUCUCCCCCUUAAAAGCCGAAUCAACAACAACCCUCAUUCCACCACCACCGAUCUCCGCCGAUUCCAAUGGCCAAGAAACGCAAGUCCGCCGCUUCAAGUCUCGACGAAGUCGAUCGGACUAUGUAUGCUUCCUUCUCCACCGCUGCUAAUUCUCUUUCUCAGCUUUACUCUCAUGCCAUGAAUCAUCAGAAGCUUUCAUUUCAUGCUGGUGAACGUAACGCUCUUGAAAAACUUUAUCAGUGGAUUUGGAAACAAGAAGAAGGAGGGUCGAGGGUUGCAACAGUUGAUGUAGUUAACUACAUUCAGAAUGAGUUAGAUUAUUGUGGAGAAGAGCCAUCCAUGUCACCCAGAGCACCACUGCAAAACCAGCAGCCGCAACCAAUGAUGCCUGUCACCAGUUCAGGCUUUCCAGUCACUUCAGGAUCUUCUGGCCAAACAAUAGCUGGGGCCGGGCAAGGACUCCGCUCCGAUUAUUGUGAAAAUCAGCCAAAGAACUCGGUGUUUUCAAAUGCAUUAUCAAGCCCUGUUCGUCGAAAUCUUCAGCUUUAUCAAAUUGGUGAGGGUGGAAAUCGCAGCUUUCUGCACAAUCAAAGCAGCGAAUCAAAUGCAGUUAGUUCCAAUAAUGAUUCUGCCAUGGAUAUGCAUGCAGACUAGUCCUAUUCUUGUCUAUUGGUUUAUCCAUUAAAUUUUUUAUCUGAUCUAUCUUCUGCAAAAACUGCAAAUGAAGCCAACAACCAUCACAAUUCCUUGUCCGGAUUAUCUUGCUCUUUGGAUCGUGCAAGAAAUGAUAAGAGGGUGGAGCUAAUUCUUGUUACAUUUUUGGUAUGCUUAUGUCGACCGAGCGAUUGGUUUGGAGUCUUAAAUGUCCACUGUAAAGUUUUUCAAUGCAUUUAUUUUAUUUUGAAACUUUAGAUUUCAGGGGUUGCUUCUCUAAGAAGUUUCCCUUGUAAAUCUGUAAUUUGUCCACAGAUUCUAUCCAUAUGGCAAUUUACGGUUGUUGAUGCCGGUUUUGCUCUUUGCUUUUUUAUAUAUUUUUUUUUUUGUAUUCUAAAUUUCUUCAAGGGGGUUGAUUUUAUUUUGCCUGUACUUUUUAACAUUAAGGGUUAAUUUUGUUUUGAUUUU